AAAUCGAGUGAGUCUAGGUCUUGCCUUGGUUGUUCGAAAAGAAGCAAGAAUUUUCCCCGAAGCUUCACGCAUACCCCAUUCGUGAUCAUUGGGGGUGUCUGACUCUGGCCUCAGGCUUGUUAUCUUGACCCUCCUGGGGUUGAAGAAGUUCUCUGCGCUUGUAAAAUGGGUGGCAAUCCUGACAAUCCUGAACUUGUGGCCUUGCCCGGCUCAGCAUGGACGCUCAAGGCACGCUGGGCCUUGAAGCAUCACAACGUCAAGUACAGGACAACAGUCUACACGCCUGUCUUUGGGGCUUGGUGGCUCAGGUUUCGGUCUGGAAAAUGGAGCGGGCGGAUCACAACGCCCGUCAUGUUCACCCCAAAAGACGGUGUGCUGUUUGAGUCGCUUGACAUCGCCCAGUGGGCCGAUGAUCACAGCAGUGCUGCCGGUGCUUCGUCACUUUUCCCGGCUGCCAAGCUUGAGGACAUCAGAAGGUGGAAUGACGCCGCGGACACUGCCCUGCACUAUGCUCGGUCGCGGGUCUUUGCAACCUUGAAGAGCAGCAAGAAAUUGAGGACGGCUCGUAUGGCGGCUCGUAUGCCGUCCUUUUUCAAAGCUCUGGGGCCUCUCGGAGAUGUCUUUAAUAAUUGGUAUCUCAACCAGUUCUCCUCUAAAUAUGAGGAUGUCUCCAGCGCUGCGAGUCUUGAGAAGACCAAGGCGGUGCUCAGAGAUCUUCAGGAAGCCAUCAAGGCAAAUGGAGGCUAUGUGCUUGGCAGCUUCACAUAUGCAGACAUCGCCAUGGCCGUGGCAGUGCAGACCAUAGAGCCUGUGGGACCUCCUUUCACAAAGCUCUCAGAUGAAGCUAGAGCAGCUCUGACACAUCAGGAGCUCAAGGCUGAGUUUGGGGAGCUUGUGGCCUGGCGCGAUCAGAUAUUCCAGAAGCACUUCCCCAGCUGAACGGAAGCUUCAUCUCGAUUAUUGACCAGUACUAGUGUCACCAAUGUGGUGUGACAACCUUGUGACACACUCCCUUGUGACACAAUUCCUAUGGACUGCCAGCGAUAAUCAUAGUGCAAUUAGUGUACACUGUACACUGGCGGUCACGCUGCUCACGGCCCUCUGACCAAUGCUUUAAAGAAAUUUCUUGCGGUGUCGCACAUGUGCUGCACAGUGUGAUUAUGACUCACAUGUCGUAUGUACAAGCAGAUUCAGGCAAGCUUGUGCACCGUGCAGUGACUAAAUUGCAUGCGCAUGCUUGAUUGAUCUGCUUCAUGAAUCCGAGCAAUUGCACACCUUGAGCUCAUGAGCUAGCGAAUUACAGGUCACGACAUGAACCACUAGUACUGUAAUUUCUAAGCUUACAC